AUGGCGGCAGAAUGUAAACAUUUUGUUGCAAAACAUCAGAUAUUUCUUGUUGUUUAUGCGGUUUUAUUUCUUUUUACGCAGCAUACGUCGGCUAAAAACGUCCUAAUCAUUGUAGCUGAUGAUGCUGGUUUUGAAAGUCAAGUCUACAACAAUUCUGUGUGCAAAACUCCACACCUAAAUCUUCUUGCUCGUCAAAGUGUCGUUUUCAAUAAGGCUUUUACUUCAGUAAGCAGUUGUUCUCCAAGUAGGUCAACCAUUUUGAGUGGCCUUCCCCAACACCAGAAUGGCAUGUAUGGCUUGCAUCACAGUGUUCAUCAUUUCAAUUCAUUCGACCAGGUACGCAGCCUUCCUCUCAUCCUUCAAAAUGCUGGAAUAUACACAGGAAUCAUUGGAAAGAAACAUGUGGGACCAGAAUAUGUCUAUCCAUUUGAUUAUUCAGAAACUGAAGAGAAUCAUUCAAUAUUGCAAGUCGGUCGAAACAUCACAUAUAUUCGGAAACUUGUCCGCAGGUUUUUUCAAAAAAGUUCCUCUCGACCUUUUUUCUUAUACAUUGGCUUUCAUGAUCCCCAUCGGUGUGGCCACAGUCAUCCUGAAUUGGGAUCCUUCUGUGAGAAAUUUGGUGAUGGUAUCACAAAUGGAACAGGCUUUAUACCUGACUGGAAACCAGUUUAUUACAACCCUAAAGAUGUAAAAGUGCCUUAUUUUGUCCCUGAUACUCCGGCAGCUAGGGCGGAUAUUGCAGCUCAGUACACUACCAUCAGCCGACUUGACCAAGGAAUUGGCCUGGUGUUGCAUGAAUUGUAUGCUGCUGGCCACUUGAAUGAUACUUUAAUCUUGUAUACAUCAGACAAUGGGAUUCCUUUCCCUAAUGGCCGAACCAACCUUUUUGAUCCUGGUCUUGCAGAGCCCCUCUUAGUAUCAUCGCCUCAUCACAAAGAAGAGUGGGGAAAGACCAGUGAAUCUCUGGUAAGCCUCUUGGACAUUGUGCCGACCGUUCUUGAUUGGUUUCAGCUUCCUUACCCAAAGUACAAACUCCUUAAGAAAUCUGUGACAUUGACUGAAGGAACCCUUCUGCAGUGUUUGCAAGCCACAGUCUUCAUGAGAUCACCAUGUACUAUCCAAUGCGCUCAGUCCGUACUGACCAGUAUAAACUCAUUCGCAACCUCAACUACAAGAUGCCUUUCCCAAUAG